UUUCCCGCUGGUGUGGUCAGCUUCAAACUCGAGAGGAGGAAGGAUCCAGACAAAGUGCAAAACAAGCCCAAACCAGCACCAACAGAUUCGAAGAUACUCAUCAACAAUCGAAGGGAAGCGGCCGACGGAGCUCUCAAAUCCCCGAUCCUCAUCAACAAUCUUAGGGACGCGUGCGGCGGAGCGACAAAAUCUCCGUUCGUGACUCCUCAUGGACUCACCAUCGUCUCCUUGCCCUCCCACCACCGUCCGGCGAAACCCUCCUCGUAGGGCGAAGCAAACGACCUACGCCGAAGCCCUACCCCUCGCCUCCCUUCCCCAGGACACUUCUUGCCCCGCUGACGCUGACAACCUGAAGGUCUUCCUCCGAAUCCGUCCCAACGAGGUCGCGCCGCCGAGGCCCGGCCGCAUACCCCCCAAGGCCGGCACCAGGGCACUGGCAAAAGGCGCGCCGCCGAAGAUGGAGAGGAGGCGGACCGGUGCGUGCUUGUCGGUGAACGGUCCCAGCUCUGUUACGCUGUCGGCGCCAUCUCUGCUCGACCGGGGGCGGGCCAAGAACGAGGUCUACGACGGGUUCUCUUUCGUCUUCCCACCGGAUUCAACCCAGCAAGAAGUAUAUAAUAUGGCGGUGAACCCAAUCUUGAUGGAUUUUAUGGGGGGAAAGAGUGGUCUCUUGGUUGCGUUGGGACCCACUGGUUCUGGAAAGACUUACACCAUGUUUGGAUGUGCACGGAAUCCAGGUGUUGUGCCUCUCAUUUUGAAACAGCUUUUUGAUCGUCCAUCUCAAGGUGAUCUUCAUGAAAGGAGAUCAUAUUAUCUAUCAAUGUUUGAGAUACAUUCUGAACGGGGAAAAGGGGAAAGAAUCCUUGAUUUAUCUCAUGAUGGGGUCGAGCUGUCCUUUCAACAUUCUACUGUAAUAGGUCUUAAAGAGGUCAUGGUUUCAAAUAUUGCAGAAGCAGAGAAUGCACUGGCACUUGGUAUGCUUAAACGUUCUACUGCUGCAACGAGUGCAAAUGAUCAGUCUAGUCGAUCUCAAUGCAUUAUAAACAUUCGCAAGACUGAGAAGAGCCUCAGUGAGCACAGUGUUUCUCUACCUAGUGCUGUUCUCACUAUAGCAGAUCUUGCUGGAGCUGAGAGAGAAAGAAAAACUGGAAAUCAGGGUGCAAGACUACUGGAAAGCAAUUUCAUUAACAACACAUCAAUGGUUUUUGGUCUAUGUUUAAGAGCUUUGCUUGAACAUCAGAGGAAUCCAAGGAAGCCAAUAGAGAAGCACUUCAAGAACUCACUGUUGACCAGGUACUUGAGAGAUUAUAUGGAGGGCAAAAAAUGUAUGACUCUGAUCUUGAUGGUAAAACCUGGAGAAGAUGAUUAUGCAGACACAUCAUUUUUACUGAGGCAGGCAUCACCUUACAUGAAAAUCAAGUUUACCAAUCUUGAAGAUAUGUCAAGCUUACCUAAUCGAAAAAGAAGUACCACUUCACCUGUUAAAGUAGAUCAUCAUAAAAGGAGGAAGACCAAUGUAUCUAAAACUUCAUUGGAUGAUGAAGGAAUACAUGGUAGUGAUGGAAAUGUUGGAAUUAAAGCAUCCAAGAAAGAUGCUAGUUCGAAGAAGCUUCAGGAGAUCGGAAUACCACAAUCUUCCUCAAUUUCUUCAAAGAUUGUUGAACCUGCAACAAUGGAGACACCCAUGAAAGGCGCCCUCUAUAUUGAGCUGCAAAAAAUGACAAGACAAGAAGAAAUUAUGAGGAAUUUUUCGAAGGCUUUAUGGAAUGUUCUAAAGCAGUAUAAAGAGAAACUUAUGGAGUCAGAAAAAAACGUGCUUAGUCUUAGGGAAAUCCUCCAAAAGGAUGAGAUCCAACGAUUAGAACUUAAGAGAGAACUUGAGGAACUGAAGUCCCAUUGUUCAUGCCAUAAAGCUCCUCAUGUGGGAGAGUUGAGUAGUGCUCAAGGGGAACCUCUGCUUGAUUGUUGCGGAACACGGCUGGCAACACCUUCAUAUCAAGUUAACUCAAGCAAUAUUGACUCAGCUUUUCAUGAUAGGGGUUCUCCAAAGAUGAUAGACCAAGUGCCCGAAAAUUCACCUGGCGUGACACUCGUCCCUGAGGAUUACAAGGGUCCUGCAGAUUUUGGUGCAGAAAGAACCUUAACUAAAUUAAAUAAAUCAGACAUUGAUUAUGGAGGCGCAAUUUCUUUGAAUAGCUUAUGCAUGGUGGAUGGCAUUAAUGUUUCAUCUUCAUCAGUGGAGAAAAUCACACAUCUAAAAGAAAAUGAAGGGUUGAUAGACAAGAUACCUGAAAAUAUGCCUGGAAGAACAAUUGUACAAGAGGAUUUCAAUGGACUUUCAGAUUUUGGCUCUAAAGGAACCUCAACUAAGUUAGAUAAAUCAGGCAUUUGUAAUGGAAGCUCAAGUUCUUUAGAUAGCUUGCGCAUGGUGGAUGACAUAAAUAUUUCAUCAUCAUCAUCAGUUCAGAAAGUCACAAAUCUGAAAGAAAAUGGAACGUCGCCAGAUUCAGAUCGGUCACGUGUACAGCAUGCGAAAUCAAAUGACAAAUAUCAUGUCCGUAAAGUCUUAAAAGAAAAAAAUGGUCCUUUGUUCAAAUCUUCAAAUGCUGAGAAACCAAAGAGGAAGUUGCUUCCAGCAUCAGCCAUGCUACUGAAGGAAUUAACUGGUCCAGACAUGGAGGCUGCAAAUGGGGAUGCCAGAGGCAAGAUUCCCGCAGGUGGACAUGGAGUUUCUCAAAGCACCUCACUUUUUAGUCUAUUGAGAAAGCAAUCCUGAGGAACGAUGGUUCCGCCAGCUUUGAUUUUUCUUGGACCAUAGUGCAAGAUGUUCUUUCAGAUCUGGUGACCGUGAAAAGACAUGUGUCAUUGUAAAAGCAUUUGAAAUAGCGAAGAGCUAUUUGUUCAAAGAUGUCAUGAAACUAUGGAUUAAUUCCGUGCUCAUCACCGAAUUGCUAUUUGUAAAGAACAUCUAUAUACCAUUAUGAGUGUACCUUAUAGCUCCUUUGAAGGAGAACUUAUGUAAACUCAAAGUGUACUAAUCCUAGAGCAUAGGAGAGAGAUGACGCUGUGGAUUGAUUUGUUAGUGCAAAGAACUUGAAUGAAUAAUUGUGCAUG